AGCUCGGCAGCGCGUGUGACGCGUUUUGCGCAUUUCCUGCAGCUCGCGCUCACUCGCGGAUUCAGGAGCGAGGGGACGGGAAGCGGGGGGCGCGCGCAAGGAACCAAAGCAGAAAAAAAACCGGAGCGGAGCUGGGGAGCGGAGCCCCGCCGUGAUGUCCUCAGGGUGGUCGUGAAGACAAAAACACCGCAGCGGGGUUGACGAACACACAGAGGCGCUGCUUUCCGGAGAGGACGCGCAGAAACACCGCGGCACCGUGAGGUCGAGGAGCUUAUCCCGGCGGAGAGCGAGCCUGCGACGGGCUGGACACCGAGCACCAAUCCCGGAUGGCUAGGCGCGGCUGCUCCCGCUGUCUCCCACCCUGACCCGGGACAGACACACGCACGGACCCGCGGUGGGGAGGCUCAGGGGCUUCGUGUGAACCCAACCGGAGCCCGUUAACCUGCACACCCCGCCCAGGCGUCCCUAUCCCGGCCUGUUUCCGCAGAUAUUCUGGAAUCUUGUCUGGAGCAUAAACAAACACGAGAGCGACCUCUGAAGGGUGUGAGUCUGCGUUGGGGCUGCGUGUUACUGCACAUCAGUGUGUGUCUGUGUGAGUGUGUGUGAGGAUAACACAGUGUUCUGAUAUGGCUGUACUAGACUGAGAGUCUAAGGAGCCAGCGGCAUUAUGGGAUGUAGCAGGACUGUGCAGUGACCCCCUCUCAUUGGAAGGAAACACUCUGUGUACAGGAGCAGGAACAGGCUGACUAGUCCAAACACACACACACAUACACACACAACACACACAACACACACAUCCCUGAAGCUAUGCCUGUGUUCAGUGGCCUGUUGAAGGUGCGAGUGUGUGAGGCAGUGGACCUGAAACCCACCCCAUGGGCCCUGCGUCACGCUGUGGGCAAGAGCGGCUCCUUCCUCCUGGACCCCUACCUGGCCCUGAACCUGGACCAGACCCGGCUGGGCCAGACCGCCACCAGGACCAAGACCAACAGCCCCGCCUGGCACCAGGAGUUCUGCACCGAGGUCCGCGAGGGACGGAGCCUGGAGCUCUCCGUCUUCCACGACGCGCCCAUCGGGUACGAUGACUUCGUGGCCAACUGCACCAUCCAGCUGGAGGACCUGCUGCAGAACGGAACCAGGCACUAUGAAGACUGGAUUGACUUGGAACCCGAGGGGAAGGUGUAUGUGGUCAUUGACCUGUCCGGAUCCUCCACAGAGGGUGAGACCACCUCGACACACUACGCAUACUGUCCUGCUGUAAACACACACAGAGGGAAAAAGAAAGCCUCAGGUACCAAUGACAAUGAGGAGCGAGUGUUCCGAGAGAGGAUCGGUCCCCGCCGACGACAGGGCGCCGUCCGAAGACGUGUCCAUCAAGUCAAUGGACACAAGUUCAUGGCCACCUACCUGAGACAGCCAACCUACUGCUCACAUUGCAGAGAUUUUAUCUGGGGCGUCCUGGGGAAGCAGGGAUACCAGUGUCAGGUGUGCACGUGUGUCGUUCACAAGCGCUGCCAUGAGCUCAUCAUCACCAAGUGUGCUGGGAUGAAGAAGCAGGAGGACACACCAGAGGAGGUGGGUUCACAGCGGUUCAGUGUUAACAUGCCCCAUAAGUUCAGUAUCCACAACUACAAAGUCCCCACGUUCUGUGACCACUGUGGCUCCCUGCUCUGGGGCCUCAUGAGGCAGGGCCUGCAGUGCAAAGUGUGUAAGAUGAAUGUGCACAGGCGGUGUGAGAAAAAUGUAGCUCCUAACUGCGGCGUGGACGCCAGAGGAAUCGCUAAGGUCCUGGCUGACCUGGGAGUCACGCCUGACAAGAUCUCGAAUACCGCGCAGCGCAGGAGGAAGUUGACUCCAGGGCAGGACCCUCCCCAGUCUCCUCCUGAGCUCUCUCAGACCGAGAACAGCUUCAGCCAGCCAGCUGUCCCCACCUCCCCCUCACAGCAGGACUUGGCAGAGUUAGAUCGCCUGCAGGACGUGCUGUCGCUUGACCAGCAGGGACCCCAACACUCCUCCUCCUCAUCCUCCUCCUCCACCAACUCCUCUUCCUCCUCGUCCUCCGCGGGCAGGGAGAACGGACAGAGUCAGAGGAGGACCCUCAAGGACUUCAACUUCAUCAAGGUUCUCGGCAAAGGCAGUUUCGGCAAGGUGAUGUUGGCGGAGCUGAAGGGGACGGAGGAGGUCUUCGCCGUCAAAGUUUUGAAGAAGGACGUGAUCCUGCAGGACGACGACGUUGACUGCACCAUGACCGAGAAGCGCAUCCUAGCCCUUGCCCGCCGACACCCCUACCUCACCCAGCUCUACUGCUGCUUCCAGACACGGGACCGUUUGUUCUUUGUGAUGGAAUACGUGAACGGAGGAGACCUGAUGUUCCAGAUUCAGCGAUCCAGGAAGUUUGAUGAGCCUCGCUCUCGUUUCUACGCCGCUGAAGUCACCUCAGCCCUCAUGUUCCUGCACCGUAAUGGUGUCAUCUACAGGGAUCUGAAGCUGGAUAACAUCCUGCUGGAUGCAGAGGGACACUGUAAGCUGGCAGACUUCGGCAUGUGCAAAGAGGGCAUCAUGAACGGAGUGACCACCACCACCUUCUGUGGCACGCCGGACUACAUUGCGCCCGAGAUCCUGCAGGAGCUGGAGUACGGAGCGUCUGUGGACUGGUGGGCCCUGGGCGUGCUGAUGUAUGAAAUGAUGGCCGGGCAGCCUCCGUUCGAAGCCGAUAACGAAGACGACUUGUUCGAGUCGAUUCUCCACGACGACGUCCUGUACCCUGUGUGGCUCAGCAAAGAGGCCGUCUCCAUCCUCCGAGCGUUCAUGACCAAGAACCCGGCCAAGCGUCUGGGCUGCGUGGUGAGCCAGGGCUGCGAGGAGGCCAUCAAGACCCACCCCUUCUUCAGAGAGAUCGACUGGCUGCUGCUGGAGCAGAGAAAAGUCAAACCGCCCUUUAAACCCAGAAUCAAGACCAAGCGAGAUGUGAAUAACUUCGACCAGGACUUCACUAAGGAGGACCCCGUGUUGACGCCCACGGACGAGGCCAUCAUCCGACAGAUUAACCAGGAGGAGUUCAAGGACUUCUCCUACUGCGCCCCCGAGGAGACACAGACCUAACACACACACACACACACACACACACACACGCAAACACGCACACACUGAACCAGAAACAUUAAACCCAGCACGCAUUUACACGCACACAUGCAGACACUCAUACAUGUGUAGAACCACAGAUCCCUUUACAAAACACACACACACACACACACACACACACACACACACACACGUGCAAUCACUCCUUUAUUUUUAAGCUAUUGGUUGUUGUUACUUUUGGAAUAUUCUUUACUUGCAUUGUGUUGUCCUUGUUGCCUGGGUUUAUUAUGAAUAUGAAUAUGACUACACACACACACACACACACACACACACACACACACACACACACACACACACACCUGCACAUGCUCUUACACACAUUCCCAUGUGCACACGUUUAGCACAUAAUCACACAUACACACUACAAUCCCAAGUUUUUACACGCUCGCACAUACCUGCAGACUCACUGCAUAUGCUUAGACAACCAAACACACACACACACACACAAAUCUACACACUGACACUGCUUCUCUCCCCAGCACCUGUAUAAAUGUGGACUCUAGGUGCCGGGUGCAGAGGCCUGUAUAUAGCCUGUGUCGAGUGGCUGUAUCGUGUUGGUAUCGUCUGCUAGUAAAGGAGAGUCGUGGCGCAUGGACAAGCACCCUACCUGUGUUAUUAUUGUCCUUAAUGUGGACCGGUUAGGGCCAAAUACCCUUUGUGCAAUACCCUGACUAUCUAUAUAUUUUAUGGUUUUGUUUGUUCAAGUGUUAUUUUUGUCUUUCUUUUUUUUGUUUGUUCUCGAAAUGUUAUUUUUUUGGUUGUUGUUGUCGGAUUUGUUGUAUGAUCGAUCGCUCUCAUCCUCUCUCGUGUGUACAAAGUGAAUGUCGAGCUUUACGAGUUACAGGCUAUUGAACUAAUUAUGUGGAGCAGAGUGUUACAGGUGGCCUGUGUAGCAGUGAAAAAGCCCCGUUUUUUCAGCUGUUUCAUGCAUCUGCUAGUUUCAGAGUCCACCUCCCCUCCUGCCGGCGAGAAUGUGCCGGCCUGUGGGCGGUUUUAUUAUUAUUAUUUCUCGUGAAUGUACAUUUUUUGUGGGUGAAUGCGUGGAUAUUUUUUUUGUUUUCUUUGUUGAUGUAUGACUUUUUGUCUUCAGCAUUUCUGUUCCUAUAGUUACAAUCAGUGUUUUCAGCCCCCCACUUUCCUUCCACGUCUCCUCAGAAGCACCAAUUCCCCUUUCCCACCAAUAGCAGCUGUCACUCAGCCUAAACUACCUGCUUUUCUGACUUUUGCUUUUUUCAAGAAUGGCUUUUCUUUCUUAUCGCUCUCUCUCUCUCUCUCUCUCUCUCUUUUAUAUUAUUAUUAUUAUUAUUAUUAUUAUUAUUAUUAUUGUAAAGUGUAUUUGGAGGAAACCUUUGUGUAAAAUACUAUAACUAUACUAUUAUAGGUCUGUUACAGCCGGGUGAAAAAGAAAUGUGGAGAACCAGCAGCUGAAUUACCUCUCAUUUCAAACACAAGACACAAAUCACCACAUGCAGACUCCCUCCUUCGCCUCCUCCCUUCUUCUUCUCACUCUCUUCCUUACAAACAAACACACACACACACGCACACACACAGAGAAGGACUGUUGUCGCAUGUACUGUACAGUGGUCUGAAGGCGAGCGGGUUUGCUCUGUGUGCAGUAGAGUCGGUGUGUAGUGAAGCUUCGUGCACCCAGGGGUAGGGCUGUUCCUGGUCACACUUCUAUCUUACUCUGUGCCAAAAUGUAGUGCAACAGCCAGGCUAGUCCUGUCUGGUCUGAUUCCAAUAAAACACUGAGCUGUCUACAUCA